UGGGAAAUCAACGCUGUGAGAACGGAGAUGGUACGGUGUACUGUGAGGGGAACGGUAAGGAGUACGGUUGAUCAGAUUGUGAUUAUUAUACCCAUGAUUCUUCUUCUGGUAGACACACCAUGUGCCGCCCGACCGAGACGCAGGUUUUGUGAAUUUUACCCUUAUGCUCCAAGAUGUUUGGGCGUGGCAGCUAAAAGAAGCCCAUCGAGAUCGGAUAUAUAUCAAAGUUUAAUAAAUAGAGUUUUGGCAGAAGCUGUCGGAGAAAACUUUUCUAAAGAGCCUGUACUAACAUCCACUCAGCCCGAAAUGUAUGGCGAAAAGGCUGCAACAUUAAGCAAACUUGCUAAUUUGGUCUUAGCGGCAGAGAGAAAACAUGAUGCAAGAAAUAAGUUUUCGGACACGGCCGACAGUUGGUCGCAACAGUUUGAAGAUUAUGAAAAUGAAAGGGGUGUAUAGUAAACCUAUACUUCUUGCGGCAGUGUACAAGUGUGAAACACACUUUUAAAUGUGUAAAUGAAGAUAACGCCUAACAGGAGAAACAAAUUGCUAAUCUUUGGGAAAGAAUAACUCUUAACAUUCUUCUUGAUUUUAUAUUCUUUAAAGUGUUACUUUUCACACAGAUCUUGAACUUUUAUCUUUCAAGACUUAUUUCGAUAAAGUGAUUUCAAAAUAAGAAACUUUAAGGUCAAAAUGAAAUAACGCCAUCUUUAUUUCUUGCUGGUGUCUUAUAUAGUUCAUAGGUUCGGAGGCAUAAUUUCGAGGUUAACAAUACUACAGCUUUUACUGUUGAUGUAUAUUCAAAACAUAUGGAAACCUCUUCAAUGUGUGGUAUAAGACUUUCUUUAUCGUUGGACUCGGCGGAUAAAAGUUUCUAUUCGAUGUUUAGAUUAUGGUAAACGUUCUUUAGAAAAUUUAGACGGAAACAAAUGCUGGACAAUUACUUAUCAUAAAACAAGUUUAACUGAUUUCACAUUUGGAAAAAAAUACAAUUUUAAACAAUUUGAAACAUCUAAAAAUGAAGGUUUUCUCGAUAACGCCUUUCUUUAGGCUUUAAGAAACGCAUUGUCAACUGCAAUACAUGUAUAUCUUUUAAAUUUUGUUACACACGUAGCGUUUCUUUAAAACAAUGUAUAUACUCUCAACGCGGACAAAGUUGACUAUGUUAAAAUAAAAUAUAAGGUAUUUAUAUAUAAAUAGAUUGACAUCUAAUACUUUGUCAGAAAAAAGGCAUUGUAUUAAAAAGUACUGUACAAUUAUUUCUGUAUAUCUUGGUGAUUGAAAUAAAAUUGGGUAAUUACGUUU